AUGACGCAGCAACAAGAGUUAGCACAAGUCACUGCACAAGCAGUCCAAGGCAAUACUGUCCAUACGCAAUCGCAAGCCGAAUCUCCUCCCUAUACAGAACAACGACAAACUUCAUUGAUUGAGCCUGAGCUUCCAUCGUUUUCUCCUCUGCAUCGGUACCAGAUUCCCCUGGUUCAAGAUUCAUCCGAGCUAGAACCCGUGUCUAUAUUUAAUCGCCAAAAAUGCUAUUUGUUAUCGCUAGCUAGACAACCCUAUAAGCAGAGUCGCUUGAUAUUUCAAGCUGAUGAUGAAUACAACUGGCGGAAAUACGGGCAGAAGCAAGUGAAAGGAAGCGAAUUCCCUCGGAUUUAUUACAAAUGCACGCAUCCCUCGUGUCAUGUGAAGAAGAAAGUGGAGAGGUCUCUCUAUGGACAAGUAACUGCAAUCAUCUACAAGGGUGAUCACAAUCACGAGCCUCCUCACAACAAUAAGAGCGGAAACAAUGAUAACGGGAGUUCCAAAAGUUGUGAUAUUGCAAGUCAGACUCAUCAAACCAGUAACAGUAGCAGUCUCAACAAGACCAAGAGAGACCAUGAAACAACAACGACAAACCAGAUGUAUGUAGCAAGUGAUAGCGAGGAGGUCCGUAAUGCAGAAAAACACGAUGAUGAGCCUGAUCCCAAGAGAAGGAUGGUGACAAAAGAUGAUCUCUUUGAUGAACCUUAUAGGAGGAUCUGCUAUAAGCGUGCCACAUACGAAGGGAAACAUAACCACGACGUUCCAGCUGCUAGAACCAGCAGCCAUCAGCUAAGACCAAACAAUCUGCACAACACCGCCACGGCUAACGUGACUCAACAAGUGGCCAUCAUUUACCGGGGAGACCAUGUGGGAUGCAACUUCGUUAGCCACGUCACUGAUGCCUUUGACAGGCACCGGGUCAACUACUUCGUAGACAAAAAGGAGCAGAGAGGCACAGAUCUCGAAAAUAUCUUUGUAAGAUUCCAAGAGUCGAGCAUCGCCCUGGCCAUCAUCUCAACCAGGUUUUCGGAAUCGAGAUGGUGCAUGGACGAGUCGGCGAAGCUGAAGGAACUUGCGGAUCAAGGAAAGCUCCAAAUCAUUCCAAUCUUCUACAAAGUGAGCGCAAGAGACGUUAGGAGGCUGACGGGUGAGUUUGGUGACAACUUCUGGACUCUCGCUAAAAAGUCUAGUGGAGAUCAGAUCAAGAAGUGGAUGGAUGCCUUGAAAUAUAUCUCCAACAAGAUGGGCUUGUCUUUGAAAGACAAGAGCUCUGAAGCCGAUUUUAUCAAGGAGGUUGUUACGGAGGUCAAGAGAGUUAUAGUAGCAACUGGUCGUUGCAUGAACCAGGAGGCUCUCGUUCCUGGAGAUCCUCAAAAGGAUUGA